CCCAGGGAGCGCGGCGGCCGGCGUCGCGGGGGCCUAAGAGAGGGCGAAAGGGGUUGGGCUGGGCGAGCGGCACCGACUCGACCCCGACCCGGACCGCGACCCCGAGCGGCUGUCCGUCCUUCGGCCCCAGUUGAGAGAGAGAGAGAAAGGGAAGGACCGGCGGCAUGCAGUCGCGGGAGGAGCCGCCGCGGCCCCGCCGGGUGUCCACCCCGCGGCGGGGGAGGCGUGCGCGGAAGAUGGCCGGGCCGUCGGUGUCGUCCUUCUUCUCGGGGCCGGAGGAGCUGGAGGACGCGGGGCACGCCCCGGCCCUGCUGGCCCAGCUGAAGGCCUUCUACGACGCGCGGCUGCUGUGCGACGUGACCAUCGAGGUGGCGGCCCCCGCCGGGGCGUCCGGGCCGGGCCGGCUCUUCGCCUGCAACCGCAACGUGCUGGCGGCCGCCUGCCCCUACUUUCGGAGCAUGUUCACGGGCGGCCUGUACGAGAGCCAGCAGCCGCGCGUCACCAUGCACGACGUGGACGCCGAGUCGCUGGCCCUGCUGCUCGACUACUGCUACACCGGCCGGGUGGCCGUCAGCGAGGCCAACGUGCAGCGGCUCUACGCCGCCGCCGACAUGCUGCAGCUGGACUACGUGCGCGAGGCCUGCGCCGCCUUCCUGGCCCGCCGCCUCGACCUGGCCAACUGCGCCGCCAUCCUGCGCUUCGCCGACGCCUUCGACCACCCGCGCCUCAGGGCCCGGGCCCUGGCCUUCGUCGCCCGCAACUUCACGCGGCUCAGCCGGGCCGGGGCGGCCGCCGACGGCGCGGCCGAGGAGGCCCCGCCGCUGAGCGAGCUCAGCCUGGCCCAGCUGCAGGAGGUGCUGCGCCUGGACAGCCUGGACGUGGCCGGGGAGCGCACCGUCUGCGCCGUGGCCGUGCAGUGGGUGGAGGCCGACCCCCGCGAGCGGGGCCCCCGCGCCGCCGAGGUCCUCCAGUGCGUCCGCUGGCGCCACUUCGCCGACCGCGACCGGGCCUACCUGGAGGGCCUGCGGGCCAAGCCCUUCGUGCGGAAGCACUGCCCGGGGCUGGUGGAGGGGGCCCUGAGCGCCCGCUACGGGGACCGCCUGCCCCCCGUCCCCCCGGGCCUCGCGCCGGACCCCGCGCCCGACCUCGCCCCGGCCCCCGCCGGCCCGCCUGCCGCCGCCUCGGCUGAGGGCCCCGCCCGCCGCAUCGGCAUGAUGGCCAAGGAGAUGGUCGUCUUCUUCGGCCACCCCAAGGACCCCUUCCUCUGCUACGACCCCUACUCGGGGGACAUCUACACCAUGCCCUCCCCCUUGACCGGCCUGGCCCAGAACAAGGCCAUCACCUCCCUGGCCGUCUGCGUCUCCCCGGACAACGACAUCUACCUGGCCGCCCAGCCCAAGAAGCAGCUGUGGGUCUACGACCCGGUCCAGAACAGCUGGCAGCAGUUGGCCGACCGCCUGCUCUGCCGGGAGGGCAUGGACCUGGCCUACCUCGACGGCCACGUCUACAUCCUGGGGGGCAGGAACCCCGUGACCGGGGUCAAGCUGAAGGAGGUGGAGUGUUACAGCGUCCAGAGGAACCAGUGGGUCCUGGUGGCCCCCGUGCCCUACUCCUUCUACUCCUUCGAGCUCAUCAUGGUCCAUGGCCACCUCUACGCCGUCAGCAACAAGCGGAUGCUCUGCUACGACCCCAGCCGCAACCGGUGGCUCAACUGCGCCUCGCUGAAGCGCAGCGACUUCCAGGAGGCCUGCGUCUACAACGAGGAGAUCUACUGCAUCUGCGACAUCCCGGUCGUGAAGGUCUACAACCCGGCCCGCGGGGAGUGGAGGCGCGUCAGCGACAUCCCGCUCGACGCCGAGACCCACAACUACCAGAUCGUCUGCCACGGCCAGAAGCUGCUGCUCGUCACGUCCACCACCCUGCAGUGGAAGAAGAACCGGGUGACGGUGCACGAAUACGAUGCCGCGGCCGACCGCUGGCUGAACGUCGGGACCAUGCUGGGCCUGCUGCAUUACGACUCCGGCUUCAUCUGCCUCUCAGCUCGGGUCUACCCUUCCCGCCUCGAGCCGGGCCGGCGCUUCAUCGCCGAGGAGGACGACGUGCGGCACGAACUCAGGGCCUACUGGGGCUUGAACGGGUUCAGCGAGCUGGAUUCCGAGUCGGGCAGCUCCAGCUCCUUUUAGCCCGAUGAAGUCGGCGGGGGGCAGGCAGCGGGCCUCCUCGCUCCUUGGUGGGGGGGCCCUGUCCUGUGGCGGGCCUCUCGACUCCGUGUUGGAGGCUUGCUCUGUGUUGGGCUUCCCUGCUCAGUGGCGGGGUUGGGAGGGUGGGACCUGCCUUGCGGUGGGCCCCUCUACUCUGUGUGGGGGCCCCGUGCUGGAAUGGCUUCCCUGCUUCACGUGGGGGCUUUGCCUUCCGGUGGCGGGCCUCUCUGCUGCAUGUGGGGGCCUUCCCCUGAAGCGGGCCUCUCUGCUCCAUGUAGUGGCCUCCCCUGAGGUGGGCCUCUCUGCUCCAUAUGGGGGCCCUCCCUUGAGGUGGGCUUCUCUGCUCCAUGUGAGAGCCCUCCCCUGACGUGGGCCUCUUUGCUCCAUGUGGGGGCCCUCCCCUGAGGUGGGCCUCUUUGCUCCGUGGGGGCCCUCCCCUGAGGCGGGCCUCUCUCCUCCAAGGACUGGCUUCUCCACUUCAUCUGGGGGCCUUGCGCUCCGGCGGGCUUCUCUGCUCCAUGUAGUGGCCCUCCCCUAUGGCGGGCCUCUCUGCUCCAUGUAGUGGCCCUCCCCUAUGGCGGGCCUCUCUGCUCCAUAUGGGGGCCCUCCCCUGAGGUGGACCUCUCUGCUCUGUGUGGGGGGUCCCCAUGCUGGACUGGCUUCUCCACUUCAUGUGGGGGCCUUGCCCUCCGGCGGGCUUCUCUGCUCCAUGUGGGAGUCUGGCCCUGGGCGGGCUUCCCCACUUCAUGAGGGGGCCAUGCAGCCCAACGGCCCUCUCUGCUCCCUGUGGGGGCUCUAUCCCUCCGGCAGGCCUUUCUGCUCCAUGUGGGGGCUCUGCCCUGGGCGGGCUUCCCCACUUCAUGAGGAGGCCUUGCCGUCCAGCAGCCCUCUGUGCUCCCUGUGGGGGCCCUACACCUCCGGCGGGCCUCUCUGCUCCAUGCGGGGGCUCUGCCCUGGGCAGGCUUCCCCACUUCACGAGAGGGCCUUGCCGUCCGACGGCCCUCUCUGCUCCCUGUGGGGGCCCUAUCCCACUGGCGGGCCUCUCUGCUCCAUAUUGCGAGGGCCCCUGCCUGCCGGUGGGCAUCUCUCGCCUCUUCCUCACACGUAAGCGACCUGAAAGAAACGGUGGCUCAGUUUUAUUCGCUGGGGAAAUACUGGAGUUCUGAUGAUUGUGAUAUUACAAAGUGUAACCGUGACUUGUUGAAGAACAUGACGGGGCAGAGAAAUGCAAUUGAUUUAAUCAUCUACUGUGCUAAUAGAGGAGGUCUGGGAUUUCCUUUUAAUAGUCCGGUGCUAUGCAAAAAUGAUCUCAUUGGUAAAUUAAAAGGCUCCUAGAUUUUUUUAGUAUUUAAGCAUCGGUAGCACCUGCAAAUAAAGUUUGAGGGGUGAAUGCGUUUAUAUUCUAA